UACCCGUUCCAAUAUUUAGGUUCAGUUCAGGCUAUUGAUCCGGUUUUGACCCGCCCUACGCUCAUCUUCCACUUUCCCCAAAACUCCAGUCUUUCAUUGCACGCAAAACCUCAGCCUCGAAAUUCAGAAAAUCACGAGGGAAAAUGUUGAGACAGUCUUCACGAUUCCUCAUGAGCAGAGCUGCUAUGAGGUGGAGCCGGCCAUUCUCCACCGAUGUCGUGGCGGAGACACCCGCAGACUCGAAAUUCGUGGACUCCUGGAAGAAAGCGAUCCCGAACAUCGACCCACCGAAGACUCCGUCGGCAUUCAUGACCCCUCGCCCACCGACCCCUUCUACCAUUCCCUCCAAGCUCACUGUCAAUCUCGUUCUUCCUUACGAUUCCUUAUUAUCCGCGAAAGAGGUUGACAUGGUUAUAGUCCCAGCUACUACUGGGCAGAUGGGUGUUUUGCCUGGCCAUGUGGCCACAAUUGCUGAACUGAAGCCCGGUGUUCUAUCAGUUCAUGAAGGUAAUGAGGUAAAAAAAUAUUUUCUCAGCAGCGGGUUUGCUUUUAUCCAUGCAAAUUCUGUUGCAGAUAUAAUGGCUGUCGAGGCCACACCGCUUGACCAAAUUGAUCCGAGCCUGGUUCAGAAAGGCCUCACUGAGUUCACACAGAAACUAAACUCAGCAUCGACCGACGUGGAGAAAGCCGAAGCACAAAUUGGGGUUGAUGUACACAGUGCUCUCAAUGCUGCUCUUACUGGUUAAGACUAGAAGAAAGGCGCGUAUUCAACCCAUUUAAUUUUCCUACUAUUCUUCCUUUGACGUCUACUUAAUUUCUCGCUUGUUUCCGUGUUUAAAUGCUGGUUUCCAGCUCAUUUGAAACAAAUAUCUCGGGGUCCUGGUGUAAAAAUAAUUUCUUGAAAUAAAUAUGAAAAAGAAGUUGACAUUUA